UCUCCGACUGAUUAUUCAAUUCCUUGAGGGUUUUUUCUCCGGCCAUGGUCCAUCCUGCUCAGAGUUGGAUUUUAACGGUUUUACGCUGUAACUGGAUACCCUUGAUAAUUUAUGCAAAAGGACUAUAUGAACCGCCUCUUCCCCCAAUGGUUCGACAGAGAGUGAUCCUCAAAGAAACGUUUCAUUAUCUACAUGCACCUUCCAUUGGAACACUUGCAGCACACGAUGUUUUUGACUGCACCUUUGAAUGCCUCAGCAAUCCUCUAUGUUCUUCUUUGAACCUGGCUUCCUCCAAAAGAGCCGACGGUACAUUAUUGUGUGAGUUCUUGUCUUCCGACAGAUACAGAAAUCCGAAGGAAUACAGAAGAAACCAGAGUUCGCACCACUUAUAUUUUAAGUCGCCUUGUUCAUCGUAUCCUUGCCAGAAUGCAGGUGCUUGUGGGACAAACAAUCGAUAUGAUACCUUUGAAUGCUUCUGUGAGAACGGUUUCACUGGAAAGUAUUGCGAGAAAGUAUUGCCAAUGUAA